AUGGCACCUUCUGACAGAGAUGUCCUCCCUGAUACCAUCAAACCCACCAACUACAAUCUCUCCCUCACCAACCUCGAAUUCGGUGGCAACUGGGGCUACGAUGGCCUGGUCAAGAUUGAUUCCAAGGUCAACUCCUCGACUGACGAGGUGGUUGUCAACGUCAAGGAGAUCGAGAUCACUGGUGCUGAAGUAUUCGGCAAGGACGGAGGCUCUGCAGUUGCAUCCCUGAAAGACUUGAACUACGACAAGACGAAUGAACGGGUCACUAUCAAGUUGUCGAAGUCCCUUCCAGCUGGAGAUGCUGUCAUCGCACUUAAGUACAAGGGCACCAUGAAUAAUUCCAUGAAAGGCUUCUACCGCGCCAAAUACAAACCGGUUGUCACGCCUGCCGCCGGAACUCCCUCUGACGGGGAGCACCACUAUAUGUUCAGCACACAAUUUGAGGCAUGCGAUGCAAGGACAGCCUUUCCUUGCUUUGAUGAGCCCAACCUAAAGGCUUCCUUUGAGUUCGCAGUAGAGAUUCCGGAGGAUCUCGUUGCUUUAAGUAACAUGCCGGAGAAGUCAACAUCAAAAGGCAGCAAGGAUGGCCUCAAGGUAGUGUCGUUCGAGAAGACGCCUCCUAUGAGUACCUACCUUGCCUCUUGGGCUAUUGGUGACUUCAAGUACGUCGAGGCCCACACGGAACGCAAGUACAAUGGGAAGAGCAUUCCAGUCAGAGUCUACGCUACCCGCGGCCUUGAGGACCAGGGGCGUUUUGCUCUUGACCAUGCUCACAAGAUCCUGGAUUACUUCUCUGACAUCUUCGGCAUCGAGUAUCCUCUACCCAAGUCAGAUCUCCUCGCGGUCCACGAAUUCGCUAUGGGUGCAAUGGAGAACUGGGGUCUGGUCACAUACCGUACUACCGCGGUGCUUUUCGACGACGAGAAGUCAGAUGCGAGGUUCAAGAACCGCGUCGCUUACGUCGUCGCUCACGAGUUGGCUCAUCAAUGGUUCGGUAACCUGGUGACUAUGGAUUGGUGGAAUGAGCUGUGGCUGAAUGAAGGCUUUGCUACCUGGGUUGGAUGGCUCGCCACAGACCAUCUCCACCCCGAAUGGAAUGUUUGGGCUCAGUUUGUGACUGAGGGCUAUCAAUCAGCUCUUCAGCUCGACUCGCUCCGCGCAUCACACCCGAUCGAAGUGCCCGUCCGGAACGCGCUGGAAGUCGAUCAAAUCUUUGAUCACAUCUCUUAUCUGAAAGGCAGUUCAACCAUUCGAAUGCUCAGCAACCAUCUCGGACAAGAUAUUUUUUUGAAAGGCGUUGGUGAUUACCUCAAACUUCAUGCCUAUGGCAAUGCUAGAACCGACGAUUUGUGGGAUGCCUUGAGCAAAGCUUCUGGACAGGAUGUGAAGACAUUCAUGGAUCCGUGGAUCAAGAAGAUUGGUUUCCCCGUGGUCACAAUUGCCGAAGAGCCGGGUCAGAUCAGCAUCAAACAGAAUCGAUUCCUGACUACCGGUGAUGUCAAGACUGAAGAAGAUGAGACGAACUGGUGGAUACCGGUCGGUCUGAAGACUGGUACCCCGGAAAAAGUGGUACACAGCGCACUCACAUCUAGAGAAGACACCAUUCGUGAGGUUGACGAUGAAUUCUACAAGAUCAAUGCCGACCAGACCGGCUUCUAUCGGACAAACUAUCCACCUCAGCGCUUGCUGAAGCUAGGCCAGUCAAAGGACCGUCUUACUGACGAAGACAAAAUUGGUCUCAUGGGCGAUGCAGGUGCCCUCGCGGUCGCUGGAAAUGGCACUACGCCAGCGCUAUUGGCGCUUCUCGAAGGAUUCCAAGACGAGAAGAGCUUCCUGGUCUGGCAACAGAUCGCCAGCUCCCUCGGCAAAGUCAAACAGGUUUUUGCGGGCAACAAGGAGGUGUCGGAUGGGUUGAAGAAGUUCUCCCUGAAGCUUGUUUCGCCCGCCACCGAAGCCAUCGGCUGGGAGUAUCCCAAGGAUGAAGAGUGGCUUACAGGACAGCUACGAAAGCUUCUACUCAGUCUCGCCGCCAAUGCUGGUCAUGAAGCAACUGUUUCAGAAGGGAGGAAGAGGUUCGAGGCCUGGAAAGGCGGCGACCAGAAGGCUAUUCAUGCCAAUCUGCGGAGUGUUGUAUUCAACAUGGCAGUAGCGAAUGGAGCAAAGACUGAGUGGAACACGGUCAAGGACGAGUACCUGAAGACUCAGUCGGUCGAUGGUAAGGAGAUCUGCCUUGUUGCGCUUGCCAAGUCCAAGGACAAGAACGCCGCCAAAGACUUACUCGAAUUCGCCACCUCUGCUUCUGUGCCACCACAAGAUGCUCACUCGGCGGUCUCUGCGGUUGCUUCCAACAAUGAAUGCCGCAUUGCUGCCUGGGAAUUUACCAGGGACCAAUGGGAGCGUGUCAAGGAGCGACUGGGCGUUUCGAACAUUGUGUUGGACCGUUGGAUCAAGAUGGGCCUCACUGGUCACUCCGACUUGGACGUUGAGAAGGACAUUGCCGCAUUUUUUAAGGAUAAGGAUACGACAGCAUUUGCGAGAAGUCUGGUCAUCAUCUCAGACUCGACUAAGGCCAACGCAAACUACAAGGCGAGAGAUGAAAAGAUCCUACUGGAAUGGCUACAGGCAAACGGAUACGCCUGA